UGCUUGAAAGUUUUUUUUUUUUUUUAAUAAUUUGAUAAUAUUUUCUGAAUCUUGUUUUUUAUCUAUGAGUUGUAUAGGGAAUUCAAAUGUUCGUUGUUUACGAAUUUUUAAAAAGUAGUGGUCCUGUAUUACGUUUGCCCAAGACCCAAUGUGAUUUAUUUAUUAUUGUUUUAAUGUUUUAAACGCCUUUCUCUCCUGUUUGUAAUUAAAGGCGAAGGAAAGUGACGAUGGCUGAAGGUGUGUGUGUUGAGGAGGACCCAGUGAAGCCUGAGCCGUUUGAAACAGUGCUCCUGCCCGUCAAGGAAGAGAUUGAGACGAUGGCUGAAGGUGUGUGUGUUGAGGAGGACCCAGUGAAGCCUGAGCCGUUUGAAACAGUGCUCCUGCCUGUGAAGGAAGAGAUUGAGAGUGAAGACGAGGCUGAUGGAGGUGAGACAGCCGAGAGCGGGGUGAAGGUGAAGGAAGAGAUAGACAUCGAAGACUUCCAGGCGAGCGAGCAGCUACAAGAGGCUGCCUCGCUCUCAGUGUGCGUGGGAAGCAGUGACUUGUCAUACAUAAUGGAAGAAAGAACUGUGGAUGAAAAGGACACUGAACCUGUUUGUUUGGGGGAAAAAUCUCAAGGUCUGAAGCAGAUAUAUAGAACACAUACUGGUGAAAAGCGAUUCUCAUGUUCACAAUGUUCCAAAGAGUACAAACAGAAGAUUCAUUUUAAAACACACCUUAGAACACACACAGUGCGCGUGGAAAGCAGAGACUUGCCGUACGUAAUGGAAGAAAGAACUAAAAAUGAAAAGGACUCGGAACCUGUUCAGUUGGGGGAAAAAACUGAAGGACUGAAGAAAACAUUGAAUCAAAAUAUAUGUGCCAGUGAGUUAGAUAGUUAUACCAAUGAAACACAAACUUUUAGGAGAUCAUUCUCAUGUUCACAGUGUUCUGCUAAGUUUAAUGUAGAGUAUCAUUUGAUUGUACACCUCAGAACACACACUGGUGAAAAGCCAUUCUCAUGUCCAUUUUGUUCAGUUAAGCUUAGUAGUAAUAGUUAUCUUGAGGUACAUAUGAGAUCACAUACAAGAGAGAAGCCGUUCUCAUGUUCACAAUGUUCUAAAGCGUUCAGUCAGAAGAAGUAUUUGAAUAAACACCUCAGAACACACACUGGUGAAAAGCCAUUCUCAUGUUCAUUUUGUUCAGCUAAGUUUGGCAAUAAUGUCUAUCUUAAGGUACAUAUGAGAUCACACACUGGUGAGAAGCCAUUUUCAUGUUCACAAUGUUCCAUUGCAUUCACUCAAAAGAAUAAUUUGAAUGUACACCUCAGAACACACACAGGUGAGAAGCCAUUCUCAUGUUCAUUAUGUUCUUCAAAAUUUACAAAAAAGGCCCAUUUGAUUGUACACCUUAGAAAACACUCUGGUGAAAAGCCUUUCUCAUGUCCAUUUUGUUCAGUAAAGUUUAGUAGUAAUGGUUACCUGAAGAUACAUAUGAAGUCACAUACUGGUGAGAAGCCAUUCUCAUGUUCUUUUUGUUCAGCUAAGUUUGGCAAUAAUGGCUCUCUUAAGGUACACAUGAGAUCACACACUGGUGAGAAGCCAUUUUCAUGUUCACAAUGUUCUAUUGCAUUCACUCAAAAGAAUAAUUUGAAUGCACACCUCAGAAAACACACAGGUGAGAAGCCAUUCUCAUGUUCAUUAUGUUCUUCAAAAUUUACAAAAAAGGCCCAUUUGAUUGUACACCUUAGAAAACACUCUGGUGAAAAGCCUUUCUCAUGUCCAUUUUGUUCAGUAAAGUUUAGUAGUAAUGGUUACCUGAAGAUACAUAUGAAGUCACAUACAGGUGAGAAGCCAUUCUCAUGUUCACAAUGUUCUGCUGCAUUCAUUCAAAAGAGUAAUUUGAUUACACACCUCAGAAAACACACUGGUGAGAGGCCAUUCUCAUGUUCAAUUUGUUUAGCAACGUUUAGUGUAAAGAAUUCACUUAAUAAUCAUAUAAAAACACAUUACGGUAGAAAACCAUUUUCAUGUUCCAUCUGUUCUGCUCAUUUCAGUACAAAGAAAUCAAUUAGCAGACACAUAAGUUCACACACUGGUGUAAAGUCAUUCUCAUGUUCUCAAUGUUCUUCUAAAUUCACUCAAAAGAAUAGUUUAAUUUCACAUCUCAGAACACACACAGGUUAAUAGCCAUCCUUAGUUCCUUAUUUAGUGCUAAUUUCUAUACUGCACCUAUCCCUCACUUAGCAUGACUAAUUCGUUCCUAAAAAUGCUCAUGGUAUUUGAAAUCGGGUUUGCUGAAGCAUUAGUUUCCAUAAAUAACAAGGCUAAUUUAUUUAAUGUGUUCCAAAAUUGUGUGUGAAAAUAUUCUUUACGUAAUAUAAAUGCGUAGAAUAACAUUCAACGAUAAAUAUGUCAACCCAUUAAUUUUUAUAUGCCUCCCAUCGAACUUUGUAUGACAUAUAUGACACCGUGUAACGGGAGAUACGUGGUUGUGUACUUUAUCGUCAGUCGGCUGGCUGACUUGCCCGCCUGGACGUGACCUUUAACUCACGUCACGCACCUUUCCAAACCAUCCUUUACUGACAAUGAAACAGAUAUUACUGUCCGGAUAAUUAUGUUUAAUUUCUCAAAAAUUAAAUGCCUACCGUGUUUUAUUGCAUUGUCGUCUCACAUUUUAUACUAAAAUCAAGUUUGAAAAGUAGGGGUACAAUUUUUAUUUAUCAAAAAAAAAAAAUUGGUAGGUAAACAAAACUCAUUCAUGGAAAGUACGUUUAUUUAAAAAGUAGAGUAUAAAAAACAAGCCUAACACCAGAAUCAAUAAGUCAUGCAAAAAACCUUUCUUCAACUUUAAAUAGAAAAAUAAAAUCUGUAACCCGAUUGUGGGCCCGAACUGAUGCAUAACUAUCGUCGUAGUACACACUCACCACGAAAGAGUGCGGGCCAUCGGAUGUAGUUAACUCGGCACUCGACAGAGAGCGCGUGUUGCAUGCAAUCUGCGAGAUAUCACUAUCGGUAUUCGACUACAUGUGCGCGCUCUAUACGGGAAGCAACAUAACCAAUCAUGAAUGAUGCCAACUAGCGCUGGCUACAUUUUUAUAAGCGGUACACCGCGGCGCCUCAGACUAACAGAUAAAGGUUAUAACGUUUAAAAAGUCUUUAAAAAGAAUUGUGCGCACAGUUUACUUGCAUAAAACUAAAGUGCGACCAACACGACAAUCUGCGCGCUGUAAUACCUCUCUGUAAUACUUCUAGUUUUGUCUCAAAUACUUGAACACUAUACACUAUGAGUGAUCAAGCAUGUAGGGUUACCGGCAGCUGAAUGCUUUUGUCUGAGUGAAUUCCCUGCCACUGGCUGGACUGAGUUCACAGCCCGGUCUGUGGCCAUGCGACAACGGUACGGCACGGCGGCAUACGCGCAGACGAAAAAUCAUUUGGUCUUUUACACUCCAUAACCGCAAUUUAACUUGCCAUAGCUGAUGUUUGUACAACAGCCGACAGCGUAGUCAGACCUGCGUGCGCAUCUCUUUCCCCCCUGCCCUCGUAAGGCUAACUGUAUGCCAUGGUACAUCUGUUGUUUACAGAGGUUGAAACAGACUUUUUGGCGUCGUGGCUAACUCUUUUUUAUUUCCUGCACAGAUUUUGCACUUACUGAAAUUUACAGACGUGCUAUUCAAGACCGGGGCAGUAAAAUUAACAUUGCGCUGAAUGAUUUCGCACAAUCUGAAAGCGUGUUAAGUGAGGGAUAGGUGUACAAGGAUUUCACUUAGCAGUCACAUAAGAUCAUACACUGGUGUACACCUUUUAGAACACAUACUGGUGAUACACUAUUCUCAUUUCCAUUGUUUUGCUAAUUUAAAUGACAAGAGUUUACUUAGGAGACAUAUAAGAACACACAACAUUCACUAAUACACAAAAAUUUAUGAUGGAUAAUAAAUAAAUAUGGCUUGAACUGACACAUUUGUUACAGAAAGUAAUAAAAAAUAUAUCAGAGACAUGUUGCUUUCAUCGAAAGUACUUCACUUUUUAUAGAUGUACUAUUAAUCCUUUAAAGGGUUUUGUUUAUGAAAACCUCAGAAUAUAACUGAUGAGAAGCGUUCACGUGUUCUUUUUGUUCUGAUAAUCAUCUUGGAAGACGUUCACUAGUAAUCAUUUAAAAAGAAGACUCAUGGUUUUAAAGUAAUUGUCAUGUUGUGUUCAGUGAAAUUGCUCUCUUCAUGUUCACAUUGUUCUGUAUUUUUUGCUGUGAAAUUCAUUCUGAUGAGUUUUUUAGUAAUACUCGUACUUUAUCAGCGAGAAGCCAUUUACACUUAUUUUAUUUUGUUAUGUUUUGUUUACUUGAAAAAUUUAAUUUAAGAUGUGAUGACAAAAUAUUAUGAUUAUGCUAUAAACGUGUUUUUAAUGUCAUGCUAGAUUUAUUGAAAGUUUUAACUUAAAAUAUAUGAUCAAUAACACUUUUGAGACUUCAUUAUUUUUGUUAGGUAUUCCAAAGUUUUGUAGCAGUAUUGAUGUCAUUGGGGUAUUUGAGAGAAGGCUCAUAAGAGUUGGCAAUCAUCUGCUGCCCUUCAUUUGUAUGGUAGUUACUUGUAUCUGUAGUAACCAUACUGACGAUAAGUCUUUGUUACACAGGGUUCUCCCUAGAGACAUUUUGUUGAGCAUGAUGUCCAGUUUGUUUUUAUUCUGCCUGACUGAAUAAUUUGGCUGCUAACAUACAGCAUAACUUUACAGGAAAAAAUAUUCUUCUUUUAUUUAAAGGAAAAUACUUGUACAGGUUAAACUGCAUCCAUAAUUGUUGUGACAAUUCCAAAAUUUCAUGUACUAAGUUCAUCUUAAAAAUACAAAUUGUAACGUUGCAGUCACUCCGGCCUGUUUUUUUUUUUAAAUUUGAAUUUUUAAUAUUUUUUUUUCUAAAUGUCAUUGGUUUGUUACUGUGGCAAAUUAAGAAAUUAAUAAAUUGGGUGCAAAAAGUACUCGGAAGACUUUAUCCAGUUCUUAAUGUGGGAUUGACCAGUGUUUUAUUUUUAUAUUAUGGAUAGGUUAGUUUCAAAAUAAUUGUCAAAAUGUUUUAGGCUUGGUUUGGCCAGUUAUAUUAACGUGUGUGUAGAUUACAGUUGGCCAUUUUCUGAUACUUGAAAAUUCUAUAAUAAAAUAUUUCAAAAUGAAAUAGAAGACAGGGGUGCUAAGCCCUGGUGUCAUAAGUUUUUUUUCGUGUCUCAAAGAAAUGUGUUGUUGGAAAGCCAUUGCGUAGGCACAAGACUGCAGCAAUGUAGUAGAAUGUCUGCUAGGCGCAGCCAAUCAGGACGACCUAUGCUGUGAGGUGAUCUGACACUACAGAAUUUCAUGGAUAAACAUUCAUUAUCAAAUGUAGUCAUGUGUAUUGUGAUUGGUCGGUUGGCCCUUGUUAAGCAAGGUAGCGGCAUCGUCCAAUCGGUUGUCGCUCGAUCGUCGUACCAGCAGGUCGUGUCAUUGGCAGCUCAAAACAAAACAAGAAGUGAAUCACAAUGCGGACAACUUCAAAUCUGUGUUCAGUGCAUGGUGCAUUUUUCUAACUAAAAUUUUCGCUUUCAGUAAUGUGCAAGUAGGAACCUGGCCACAUGCAUCGACACCAGCCGGUGGCAACAGUGAUUGCCAUAGACCAAUGCAGUCUCUCAUGUUGCUGCACUUCAGUUGAGAAUUCAACUGAAUGAUUUACUCAACUUUUUUUUUUUGUUCUUGCAAUUGAAGGGCUAGCAACAGUGGAUAUUUUAGGAACAUAACUGGACCUGUUAUGCAAGUUAUAAGGUGCGUUUCUGAUUUUGAAAUUAUAAUGAUAAAAUACAGUUCAGAAACUUUUAUUUGAUAAACAGAGAGAAGAAAAACCUUUCUAUUCAUUGAAUAAUUAAUCUACCUUUGGUGAAAAUACUAACCUCAAAAAUUUUUCAAAGUCAUUGCAUAUCAACAGGGUCAAAUUUUCAAAUACCAAUCAGGAAUUCGUUACUAUUCUUGGUUGCUUGAUGGGCCAACCUGAAAUGUUACAAAGUAAGGUAGACUCCAAAUGUUUGUAAAGUACAAAUACUCUCAAUUUAGCAGCAGCUUUACUCAAUGCAGUUUUGCCAACAUAAUUAUGUGCAAAUUCUGAUCACCAUAUUUGGCAUCAUCAAGAGUUGUUGACUGCUUUAGUACAAUAAACGUAAUGUGUUUUUGUAAAUGAUUCCUAACAUUAGUAUAAUUGAUUAUCAUAUUUUCUUUGAGUAAUUUUUCACAAUUAUGAGAACACACAUUUUAUUAUUGUAUUAGAUUCAUAUGCUCUGAUUUGCAUAACAAUAAUUUUGAGCAAUCUGAAUUUUUUUAAAAUCUAUGUUUAUACUAGCGAAUAAAACUUUCAGGUUUGAUUGCAAUUAUUAUGUAUGUAGUUACUUGAAUUCAAGGAUAAAUACAAGUCACAUAAAAAACUAUUUUCAUCAUUAAUCUGGAAAAAUCCAGACCAGGAUACUAUUAAUGUCCUUAAUUACAGGUCCAAAACAAAUGUUGGAAAUAAACCCUUUUUAAUGGUACUGUUACACUAAUAACAAAUGGUGUGGUUGGCAACUAUAUGUGUCGCCAUUGUUUGGUCUCAUUAGUCAUGUGAGAUGUCCAAGUCUCAUCUGCUGUAAUUAAUGAUGUAGUUCAUCAAUCAUCUCCUUCCUGAUGGUAUUGAGUCAAAAACUAUAUCCCACAUAUUUGUGUUUUGAUCAUCAGAAAAAGUCUUGGAAUCCAAUAUGAUAACAAUUUUCGAUAAUUCUGUUUCUCCAAAACAAUUGGUUUGCAGAUUGGAACUUGAAACUUGUGGAAAUCCACUUGACAACUUUAAAAUUGUGAAUCGUCAUCCUCUCAUAUUGGAUGGUCUAUAUCACGAACCAAAGGUUGGCCAUACGUGGCUCAUCAUGCACAUUAACCCGCCUGCCCUUGAACAUUCUCAUCCAUUGUCAAACUCUACCGUACUUUACCAAUCCGAUGGUAAAUUUCUGCUGCUGCCAAGUUUCUUGCACUUGAGAAUCAAAUUACAGAUCGUAUCUCACAGUUGGCGGGCGACUAAAAUUUCUUUAACAUUAUAAACUUCUACAACUCAACACACACACACAUGCACAGACACACAAGAACAGUCAGACACACAGACACAGACAAAAACACACACAGACAGGGAACAAACACAGACACAGGCAGACACGCACAGGCAGAUGAUACGGCUGCAAACAUCGUCUAAAUGCGUGCGAAGUUUCUGGUUAGCAGAUGUGCAAGUGGACUGUGGCGAACAUGUCUUGCUCACUCUCAUUCCCAAAUGGACCUAAUAUUUCUCAUAAGAACCCAAACUGUUAAGACACCAAUAUGUUUCGUCAGGUCUUCUAUAGUAGUUUAUGGUAUUGAUGUCAUUGGGGCAUUUAGGAAAAGGCUUAUAAUAGUAAAUAAUUGUUCUGCUUUCUUCACUUAUGGUAAUUUUUUUUUAAAUUUAAUCUGAUGUAACUGUUCUCCUAGAGAUAAUAUGUCGAGCAUACUGUCCACUUUGUUUUCGAUCUACCCAAUGAAAAAUUGGGCUGAUCACUCAACAUACAGCAUAUCUUUACAGGAAGAAUAAAAGAAAAUAUUUGUACAGGUUGAAUUGAAUCCAUAGUUUUGUAAUUUUUCCAAUAUUUCCAUGAACAUGUUCAUCUUAAAAGACAAAUAAGGCAGUGUACAAAUAUUUUACUUAAUGCAAGCUGCUUACAGCAUAUGUGUAAAUUUUGGUUAGGUCACAAAAUUUUUUUUGGCAUCAUUUCUAGUUGUCGACUAACUUAAUAAAAAAACUUUGUGUUUUCUAAACAAUUUAUAAACUUAUUUCCAACAAGUAUCUUUUUUUUAGUAAGUUGUCCCCCAUGAGAUCACACAUCAUUGUUUUAAAUUAAUAUUUAUAAAUCUU